CGUUAAUUUACUGAAAAAGCGGAUUUUUUUAAAUUUGUCUAUGUCACAGUAAUUUAUAACAGUACAUCAAGGCGAAAGAUUGCUAAAAACUUGUCAGGAACUUUUUGUAUGCGUAGCAGUGUAUUUUUUUAAUUCAUUCUUUUUGUUUUAAAAGUAUGACAGAAAGUAGCAAAAAGCGAAAAUUCCAUAACGUUACGUUCGACGAGGCGUCUAUAAUUGAAUCGUCUCAGCCUAAAAUGAAAAAAUUUACCAUAGAUGAUUUUGACAUUGGGAGGCCUUUGGGAACUGGAAAAUUUGGGCAUGUGUAUUUAGCAAGGGAGAAAAAGUCCCAUUAUAUUGUUGCUAUUAAGGUUUUAAGCAAGGCUCAAAUCCUUAAAAAUGGAGUUGAAACACAGCUGAGAAGAGAGAUUGAAAUUCAAAGCCACUUACAGCAUCCAGGUGUAUUACGUCUCUACACAUAUUUUUGGGAUGACAAGAAAAUAUAUUUGGUUCUUGAAUAUGCUGCAAGAGGAGAAGUAUACAAAACAUUACAGAAACUUGGCCGCUUUGAUGAAAAAACCUCUGCAAUG